CAACUAUUUUCGAUAUUGAAAACCUACAGGGCAUGUUCCGUGAGUAAUGCCACCCUAACUGUAGAAACGCUUGAUCAAAAUAUCACUGAUUACCGAUGCGACACGCAUGAGCAUGUAAGGCCGCAUUGGCAUAUAUGCGCCUUGCACAUCCUCCACAAGGCGGCCCCGGACAACGCGAAGGGGCCAGGCGCCCCAAGCGGAGUAUAAUAGAAGGACCAAGAAUUUUGAACGAAAUUCAUUGCUGCUUCCGCUCGUGUCUCAUGCAAUCGUACAUGAUGAUGGACGAAUAUUGUGUUACUCAGAUCCAUCGUAGCACACAGCAGAGGCAUGAAGUCCGACAGAUGUCGUGGUCUGAAUGGGUCUCUGAUGCAGUUGAGGAUCAGGUCGUGUACGUCGCCAACGAUAACGUGCAGUGGUAGCAGCUGUGCUGAACCAAGAUCAGAUUUGCCUCUACCAAAUCGCUGCUUGAUUUGCCCAUCGCCACGCGAGAGAGUGUUAUGAACAGGCUCGGCCUCCCGAGGU